AUGAAUCGAUUUUUCAUAGUUUAUUCGAUUUUCUACUUGGAAACGCUGUACGGUCUUCAAACAGUCAAUUUGACAGAACAAGACACGACAUGGAUUGCAAGUGGAUAUCAAACAAGACAAAUAUCGCCAAUCAUCAUCACACCUUGUUCAAAUUGCACACAAUAUAUCCAAGUAAUGAUGAGAUUCGAAGAUGGAACCCAGACGAAAACCGACUUUACGAUCACUGACUCAGAAGGAAGUCAGAUUCAAUCCACAACAUUCAACUCAACAUCGCUUCAACUUCUCCAUGGCCCUCUCACAAUCAUUGAUCGUUCAGCCGUCGGAUCAUACAGUCUCAGUUUUCGGCUGCACAACGUUACGGACUCAAUUGCUCUAUACGCGAGUCGCCUUUUCACAAUUGUACCAAACACCCCCGUCCCAUAUACAUAUCAAACCAAGGGAUCCGGCAACUAUGGCACUUUUGCCACCUUCUCGGCAAUGCCUGCACUCUAUGGUCGAUCAUCUCUUGUCAUUAAACCCACAAAUAAAACAACAACCGGUUGUGAGUACUCUUUAUUUCAAGCAGGAUAUCCAGCAACGAAUAGAGGCUUGAAUGCGUAUCGAAUUCACACGUUCACUCCUGAAAACAGUGGAGAUCGUUUCGCAUUAUCGAUCAUUCCAGCGUUUGCGGCUACCAUUUAUGUGCCUCCCAGGUGUCCAGUGUCCAUCGAUGUGGCUGAUUACACUUCACCCAAUUCCUACGCGGAAGCCUAUCGAUUUUGUGAUACUCGCGGCGCGGAAGUAGUGAAAAUCGAGAACAUUUAUGAUAAUGCCUUCAUCAUGGCGAAUCUCGCUCAAUACACCGCACUCAAUUGUCCGAGUAACAGUCAGGAAUUCAAUGGAUAUUGCUAUCAAGCCAUGGUUUCUCUGCCAGGCAACUACACAAUGGCUGAUACUUAUUGUGCGGGAAGGGGAUUGGCAAACAGUCAUUUAGCCUCGAUCAUGAACCAAUUCGAGAAUCUCUAUCUUGCUGGGCUUUUGCCAGCUGGAACCAAGGCUUUCAUUGGUGGAAUGAGACAAACGAAUGGUGUUUUCACAUGGUCCGAUGGAUUGCCGUUCUCUUUCGAUAAUGUUGACAAAUCCACAAAUGGUGGACCUUGUCUUGUAAUUGAUCAAGCAACAAAGAAAUGGCAACAAGUGAAUUGCUCGGAGUCUCACGCAUUCAUUUGCAAGAUCACUGAGACUCCACCAUUUAUCGUUUCGAAUUCAACCGGUUUCAAGCAAGCAGCUGACUACUUAUUGAGAGGAAUCGAUCCAACAGCGAAUCCAUGUGAGGAUUUCUUCCAGUUCACCUGUGGAACUUACAUCAACAACACAUCGUUGAAUGGGAAAUCGAGGGUUGGAACAUUCGACGAAGCACAAACUCAAGUCAAUAAAGAUACAGCUGUUGCACUUGAUGCGAUCUCCGCGAGCUCUUCGCUUACUGAGAGAAUUGCGCAAGCUGCCUAUGCCGCUUGCGUGUACAACUACAACCAAGAUGUGAACGACAAAUCAAAAACAAUCUAUCAAGAGAUAACGAAUGCAUUCGGAAUCCCUGAAAUCCCAUUCUUCUUGGAUCCAAGCUCUCUAUCAAUGUUCUCAAUCCCGACAAGUCAACUCUUCUCAGCUGUUGGAUAUUUCGAAGGCACUCACGCUUUGGGCACACUUCUCUUCUCGUGGACAACCGUCGAUUAUCAAAAUAUCAAACAAAAUGCAUUGUUUAUGAAUCAGCCGGAUCUUCCUCUUCCUCGUGAUUACUAUGUGAAGCCACAAUUUCUAUCAAUCAUUCAAGCCCACGUUCAAGAGUAUGCUGAUCUAAUCACGAUGGUUGCUGGAAAUUUGGGAAAGACCGUUGACUCGAAUGCGAUUUAUCAAAUGGCUGCCGAUGUCGUGAACUUUGAGAUCUCCAUCGCUACCGCUUCAUGGUCCGAUGAGGAACAGAGAAACUACAAACAAAUGUACAAUCCAUACACGAUCAGCGGACUUCAAGCAAACUAUCCGAACAUUCAAUGGACUGCCUAUUUUGACAAUUUAUUGAAGAAUGUGGGUUUAACGAACACGGUUUUCCAAUCGCGAGAAGCUAUUGUGAACGAGCCGACUUAUUUCGCUUGGUUGAACUCGUUGUUUUCGGAACAGAAGAUCCCAGCUGCCACAAUUGUCAACUACAUUGCUGUUCAAGCUAUUUAUGACUCAGCCGAUUUCCUUGGCUCCGGUUUAUCUAAAUUGGCUGAGAAAAACAACAGAUUACCGUACUUGAUGAAACACGGAAUCGGAUUGUCGAGAACGCGACGGGACAGAAGAAACUUUGAUUCGAUUAAUGAUUUCUGUGUGGAUAUUGUGACCACAUUUAUGCCAUAUGGAACAGGAUAUGUGUACGUGAAACAACUUGGAGACCUCCGAAAUGCGAUUCAAGCUGAUGUCGCCACUCAAACGGAUCACAUCAUUAGCUCAUUUACGGAUAUGAUCGGAACUCUUAGCUGGAUGACUCCAAGCAGUAAAACGAAUGCAAACACAAAAGCCGCUGGUCUUAUCAAAAAUAUUGGUUGGCCAGAUAUGUUCAAGGAUUUCAAAGAUACCACCGAUUUGGAUAAUUAUAACAAGGCUGAUUACGGAAAAAUUCUCGACUUGGAUAAAACAAAGUUCUUCGAAAUCUAUUUGAUUCUCAAAUCUGGAAUGGAAAGCAGAGAAAGCUUGAGAUUUAUCCAGGCACCCGCUGAUCGCAAAAUGUUCCUCCAAUCACCAGCCUUGGUCAAUGCUUGGUAUCAACCGGAGAGAAAUUCGAUCACUUUCCCAUUCGCUAUUUUCAAUCUCCCGUUCUACAAACUUGAUUGGCCACAAGCAGUUAAUUACGGAGGUUUGGGUGGAGUGGAGGGACACGAGUUGACCCAUGGAUAUGAUGAUGAAGGAGUUCAAUUCGGUCCUGACGGUUCCCUAUCUGGGUGUGACUCGUUCCGCUGUGGUUGGAUGGAUAUGAAUUCGACCGCCGGAUUCACUGAUAUGGCUCAAUGUGUUGUUACCCAAUACACUACUCAAUGUUGCCCGGUGAAAACGGGAAAUGUGCAUUGUGCGAACGGGGCCAUCACACAAGGAGAGAACAUCGCGGAUUUGGGAGGUCAACAAGCCGCUUAUCGGGCCUAUCGAAAUUGGGAACUUUUCGAACAAAUGAGGACAAAGCGUGGAGCGAAAAUCGAGAACAAGAGGGGACAAACUUGGAAUCCAACUGGUCAAUCAACGUCCACAAAAGGCUACCUUUAUAUCAGAAGCGAGCAGUUGACGACCGAAUCGAAAUUUGCCACUUUAAAACGGAAGGAGCAGAAAAGUUCAAUGUUUCAGCAUUGGAAGAAGGCCUUGUGUGUGGAAGGUGGAUGUAAGGGACAUCUUCUCUUCUGUCAGAAAGUCACCAAAGGAGUCCCACAGGGAAAUUUCAAUGAUUUCAAAGAUACCACCGAUUUGGAUAAUUAUAACAAGGCACCCGCUGAUCGCAAAAUGUUCCUCCAAUCACCAGCCUUGGUCAAUGCUUGGUAUCAACCGGAGAGAAACUCGAUCACUUUCCCAUUCGCCAUUUUCAAUCUCCCGUUCUACAAACUUGAUUGGCCACAAGCAGUCAAUUACGGAGGAGUUCAAUUCGGUCCUGACGGUUCCCUAUCUGGGUGUGACUCGUUCCGCUGUGGUUGGAUGGAUAUGAAUUCGACCGCUGGAUUCACUGAUAUGGCUCAAUGUGUUGUUACCCAAUACACUACUCAAUGUUGCCCGGUGAAAACGGGAAAUGUGCAUUGUGCGAACGGGGCCAUCACACAAGGAGAGAACAUCGCGGAUUUGGGAGGUCAACAAGCCGCUUAUCGGGCCUAUCAAAAGUAUGUGGCCACUCAAUUGAAUGGAGUUGAAGAACAGAGUUUGCCAGGAUUGGAAGAGUACACACCAAAUCAAAUCUUCUGGAUUGCAAAGGGUUUCGUCUGGUGCACCGUGCAAUCGAUUGAUUCGCUUGUGAGACAGAUGCUCACCAAUCCCCACUCGCCUCCAUUCUGGAUCCGAUACUUGGAUCUUUUCCAAGUUCUUUUCGGGGUUAUUCUUUUAACGACGAUCAAUGAGGUAUCGGCCAUCAUUUGUAAACAGAAAUUCACGCUGGUGUCAAAUGCGACCGAUUUUGCUGAUGAGGAUUUUGGGAACACGACGAUUGCUUGGCUUAACACGGCGUCUUCAGUGAUCUAU